AUGCGUUUUCUACUCAACAAAACCCUCUUACCCUUCUUCUCCUUUAGCCCCAAAAUCAGUGUUAGCCCUCAGACAAUCGCUAACUUCAAGGCCACCACUGUCCGAACCAUGGGCUCAGGAUCGACUCAGCGCAUGUUCCAGCUCAAACUGGACCCACUCACCGGUAACUCCGAAUGGGUCGUUGUCGAAGAAGACGAAGCUCCAGAAGAUUGCCAAAAACCCCUCCUUGCAGCCACGUCGUACCUCGACAUGCUUAAUGACACUCGCAGGAACAGAGCCUACCGUGAAGCCAUCGACAAGACUAUAACCAAACCUUGCCAUGUUCUUGAUAUUGGUGCUGGAACUGGCUUGUUAUCUAUGAUGGCUGCUCGGGCAAUGGGCACUGCAGAUUCAAGUUCCAGUUCAAAGGGGAUGGUGACAGCAUGUGAGUCAUACCUUCCCAUGGUGAAGUUGAUGCGGAAAGUUGUGCGUGCCAACUGUAUGGAAAGAAAAGUACGGGUUAUUAACAAGAGAUCAGAUGAAUUAGAGAUUGGUGUGGAUAUCACUUCUCGUGCAGAUGUCCUUGUUAGUGAAAUAUUAGACUCAGAUUUGUUGGGCGAAGGGGUAAUUCCAACUUUGCAGCAUGCUCAUGACAAGCUAUUGGUGGAAAAUCCCCAAACAGUGCCUUACCGAGCAACUACUUAUGGCCAGCUGGUUGAAAGCAUAUACUUGUGGAAGCUGCAUGAUUUAUAUAAUAAUGAAGCAAAAGCAUCUGAUGGUAUUCAUCUUGCGCCAAAGGGACUGGAGACAAUCUUAUGUGUGAAAUCACAACAACUUCCCCUGCACUGUGAUUCAAUGAAUGAAGAAAUAAAACUGCUGUCAGAACCCUUCAAAAUUUUUGAAUUUGACUUUUGGAAAAGGCCAGAGAGUCAUGGAGAAACUGAGCUACACAUAAAGGCAACUAAUGAUGGUACAGUUCAUGCUGUUGUCUCAUGGUGGAUACUUCAACUAGAUAGUGAAGGGACAAUCUUAUAUUCCACUAGCCCAAAAUGGAUAAGUUGCCCAUUCGAGAUAAAAGAGUCGCAGUCAUCCUUUUCUAGUGAUGGGGAUUGGUGUGACCAUUGGAAACAAUGUGUCUGGUUCAUCCCUGGCAAAGGCUUGUCCAUACACAAGGAUGAAGUCGUUCAUUUAAAUGCUGUUCAUUCUGACAUUAGCAUCUCAUAUGAUGUCAAGUCUCAACCUGCAAGAACAGAGGCUGGACAGCAUGACAGUUGUACUCCCAGUUUUCAACUCAUUCUAUCACCUGAAAGAGUUGCAGUAUAUGGUGACAACAAUUGGAGAUGUUUGAUUUUAAAAGCUGUAAAUGAUGCGUUGCAGCGGAGUCCUUCUUUGUGUGUUGUUGCAGAUGAUAGUGUCUUCUUACCGAUUGCCAUUGCCUAUCUUUCCAAAACAUCACACAUAAUAUCUUUGUUUCCGGGGCUGAAAGAGAAGGGUGCUCAAUAUUUACAAGCUGUUGCGGCUGCAAAUGGUUUCUCAAUGGAUCGAGUAGAAGUUCUAAAGAAGAGAGUAUCUCAAUUGACUAUGCACGACACUUAUCAGAAAAAGGUUGAUCUCUUGAUUGGAGAACCGUUCUAUUGUGGAAGUGAAGAUGCGGUUCCAUGGCAAAACCUGCGUUUUUGGAAGGAACGCACUAUGCUCGAGUCUGUCCUAUCUAAAGACGUGGUGAUAAUGCCUUGUAAAGGAAUACUGAAGGCUUGUGCAAUGUCUCUCCCUGAUCUCUGGAGAAGUCAUUGCUGCCUGAAAGAGAUUGAAGGUUUUGACCAUUCAGUUGUCAAUGCCACCUUAGGGGCGUGUGGUGAUUCACCCGCUACACAAGAGAGUCCUUGUCUUCCUUUUUUUAUAUGGCAAUGUGGAGAAAUCAAGGAACUCAGUGAGAUAAUUACUGUCAUGGAGUUUGAUUUCUUGAAACCAAUAAGCUCUUGUUCUGGAAAAGCCCAGGUGGAAUUUACGAACCAGGGUGUAUGCCAUGGAUUUGCAUUUUGGAUUGAUUGGGUGAUGGAUGCAGAAAAUUCCAUUGUGUUAUCAACAGGACCAGAUCAAAGAUACUGGAAACAAGGAGUGAAGCUUUUGGCCAAGCCGGUGGCAGUUAAAACUCAUAGAUCUGAUGGAGGUGAAUGUUGUUCAUCAGAAAUUGAAGCAUCCUUCCAUCCAUCAAAUGGUGAACUAGUUAUUAAGCACACUUCCACAUAACUCAAAAGAUCAUACUGUGUCUGCUUGUUUUGGUGCUGAAGCCUCUUUUUCUUUUCUUUCCUUUUGUGUCUAAUUGUUUCAGCACUUACGAGCUUGUUUAUUCCAUACAGUUGGUAAAAAGUAAUGAUGAUGAAAGGGCUAUUUGGAUUUAGUUUUUACUGUCAACAUUCCAACAUUUUUGGUCCGAGACACUGAUGCUCCAUUGCAACUCACUGUGCUAUAUCAUACAUUCCUCGAGGUUAAUUAUGUCAAACUACCACCUUGUUAUUUUUUAACAUUUGAUAGAUUACACUGUUUGAUAUAGUUUAGAGGACACCACUACCAGUGUGUUAGGAAGCAACUCUAGUCCUUCUGUAGUUUGCCAUUUUUUUCUCGAAAUGAGCCGUUUUUGAUAUCUGCAUUUUUGUUCUUCUUUCUCGACACGGAACCUUAU